CCAGAUUUAAAUUUGGAAUUGUAUCCUUCGAACCAAGAGACACAGAAACAGCCCGCUAGCUAUCAAACGAAUAAAGGAGACAAUCCGAUGCAGCACCCGAUACAGCAAAUACCGCAAAAUAAUCAUCAACAAAAUAACGCUCAGAGCGGUCUGCAGCGGGACAAUAUGCCGAGAGGAAAGGAUUCGAAACCAAGAGGACGGAUGACAGUGUACGCGUUCUUCGUCCAGACAUGUCACCAGGAGCAUAAAAGCUUGCAUCCCGAGGAGAAGAUCGUCUUCCGGGAAUUCUCCAAAAAGUGUGCAAUGAGGUGGAAGACUAUGUCGGACAUCGAGAAGAAGCGUUUCCACGAAAUGGCAAAGAAGGACAAGAAGAGAUACGACACGGAAAUGCAGAACUAUACGCCGCCUAAGGGCAAGAAACGCAAACACAUCAAGGAUCACAAUGCUCCCAAGAGAUCGCUGUCUGCUUUCUUCUGGUUCUGCAACGAUGAACGCGGUAAAGUCAAAAUGCUGAAUCCUGAAUAUUACAUAGGUGAUAUAGCUAAGGAAUUAGGCAAGAAAUGGUCGGCUGCAGAUCCCGAAACCAAAUCCAAAUACGAGGCUAUGGCAGAGAAGGACAAGGCUCGAUACGUAAGGGAAAUGACCGCGUACAAAAAGAAAAUACAAAACGACGGCGCCCCAGUGGUGAGAGCCGCGCAGGCGAAACAAACUAUAAUAAAAAGCGACAGCAAAGAUGAAGAGGGCGAAGGUGAAGAGAAAUUCGAGGGCGACAGCGAAGAUGAAGAGAGCGAAGGCGAAGAGGAAUAGGAGGACGACGACGAAUAGCGAAUGUAUGUCGAAAUUUCUUCAUCUAUCACCCCGUGUCCUUCAUCCUGAAAGCAUACCUCACCUACUGUACGUAACAUUGACCUUAGCGUGAGCGUACUUACACCACUAUCACUAAGAAAACGAAGCAACUAACCAUCAAGCAACCUACCAAUCAACCAAGCUCUUCAAUAAUCCCCCACCAACCACCAACCAACCUAAUUCUUUCCCCGAUUAUUUACGAUAAUGAUAAAGAAUCUCGUAAAAAAAAUAGAGGAAAAGGAGAAGGAGGAGAGACAGAUAAAGAUAAACGAGUCAAGAUACAAUAAUAACCAUAGUGUAAGUAGACAGGUGUAGCAUUGCGCAUAAUGGCGGCAGCUUUGGCGGUUAAACCAAUCAGGAGGCGACCCAUUUUGUAGGCGGUGAAGUUUGCUUAUAAGAAAUAAAAAUGUGUGAAUCAAAUGUGUAAAUUACAAUGUAUAUAAUAAGAAAUAAAAAUGUGUGAAU